CUUUUUAGGAAUAGAAAUGAAUUCCAAGGCAGUCACAGUUGCAGGAGUCGCUGCUGUAGCAAUUGGUGCAAUCAACCAGUGCCUAUAUAAUGUUGAUCCAGGAGAGGCUGCAAUUAUAUUUGAUAAGUUUGCUGGUGUAAAAAGUUCAGUUUACGGUGAAGGUACCCACAUGCGUAUACCGCUUAUCCAGGAUCCUAUCAUCUUCGACAUCAGAAGCCGGCCGAGGAGUGUUCCUGUGACCACCGGAUCUAAAGAUCUGCAGACAGUUAACCUAACUCUCCGUAUCUUGUUCCACCCCGACCCAACUCUACUUCCCAGCAUAUACACCAACAUUGGCAUGGACUACGAUGAGAGGAUAUUGCCCUCCAUUGUGGACGAAGUCUUGAAAUCUGUUGUGGCGAAGUACGAUGCUUCAGAGUUGAUCACUCAGCGAGACGCUGUAUCCAACAGUGUAGCUGACGAUUUGACUAGACGUGCUGAGACAUUCGGUAUCUUCCUUGAUGAUAUCUCCAUCACUCAUCUUUCCUUCGGUGCUGAAUUUGCGAGAGCAGUUGAGAGCAAGCAAGUUGCUCAGCAGGAGGCAGAGAGGUCUAGAUACUAUGUCGAGAAGGCGGAGUUUGAGAAGGCAGCUACCAUAAUGAGUGCUGAGGGAGACGCUGAGGCUGCUAAAAUGUUGUCUAAAGCCUUCGACAAAGUCGGAGAUUCGCUUAUAGAGUUGCGAAAAAUGGAAGCUGCUGAGGAAAUCGCUGCGAACCUGGCCGGCUCAAGAAACGUUGUAUACCUACCCAAGGACAAAGGCAUGCUUCUGAAUUUGCCAGCUUAAACAGCUGACUCGUGAUUACAUUGGUAUAUGGCAAUGGCACUGUGGCCGUGCAUUUUUGUGACCCUCACCGUGAUCUCUUAUCGUCCUUAAAUUAUUUGUCUCAUAUGUUGGUUUAAGUGGACUUACAGAGGACCCUGCACAUUUUAAGCUUUCAUUUAUUUCCAUUAGACACGAUGCUCCACCAAUACAAACAGAUCUUAUGGCUAUGGACAAGUCAGAAUUUAAGUUAUUGCACUUGUUUAUAUUUUUAUACACGAUCAAAACAA